CACAGGCGCAGAUUGGCAGCAUCAUGGUUUGGCUCCGCAGUGCCCUCGUGACCGGCUGCAUUUCCUGGAAUAAGCUGGAACCUGAGCCUUGAGAGCCGCACCAUGGAAUGUCUGUAGUAUCCCCACAUCAUCCUCAGCCACCCCACCAGCAUCGGCAGGAAUCAAAAACACAAAGAGAGACGCAAACAAAUAAAGGGACACACGGGGACUCCCAGAUCUGCUGCGGGACACUCUUUAUCUAUUUAGGUCAGCCAGCUUGAAAGGGAUCCUUCGGAGGGUGCAGGGGAGCGACUGUCCGUUUGUGCGAGUGCAUGUGUGCGUGUGUGUUUCCCUUUUAGAGUAGGUGCCUGUCCUUGGGCACUGAGGCCAUGAGGCCAAAGACUUUCCCGGCCGCCCCGUACGUUGGCAACACGCGCCAGAGGCUUCAGGAGAUCAAGGAGGGUCUGAAGCAGCCGGCCAAGCUGGUGAGCCAGGCCCUGCACGGGGGCAGCUCCCGGGCAGACGGCGGCAGAGGGGCCGACUGCAAGAGCGGGAAGGACACAACCAGCCGACAGCAGCAGCUCCGACCCCCGCAGAAGUUCAACAACUACCAGAAUGCCCUGCGGGAAAUCCGCAAGUCGCUCAUGCCCUUCGCCAAUGAGUCGGGUCCAUCCUCCGGGUCGGGGCACCCAGCAGGUGCUGGGGAGGUGAACCGGCAGAUGCUGCAAGAGCUGGUGAACGCCGGCUGUGAUCAGGAGAUGGCGGUGCGGGCGUUGAAGCAAACAGGAAGCAGGAACAUCGAAGCGGCCUUAGAGUACAUCAGCAAAAUGGGUUACCUAGACCCUCGCAAAGAGCUCAUCGUCCGUGUCAUCAAGCAGACUUCACCAGGAAAAGGCGGCAUGCCAAAUACUAUGGAUCACCGGCCUGCGAUGGAGGCCUCAGGUGAAGCAGCUGUGAUGCCUCCAUACCAUCAGAUGGGGGCUCCCAUGUAUGAGGGGGCAGGGGGAUAUGGCCCUGAGGGGGAGAUGCCCAGACCCUACAUGAGUGCCCCGCCUGUGAUGAACUACAUGAUGCCCCCACCGGGCGCAGCACAGGGAAACCCGAUGGGUCGACCUCCUAGUAUGGGCACCUAUCCACCAGUGAUGGCCGCCCAGAGCAACCCAGCCAACACCAUGUACCCUCCAGGGGGCCAGCAGAAAGGCUACCCUGGGAGUAUAGAGCAGCACGGGCCCAUGAUGAGCUACAAUGUUCCCGGUCAACCUCUGCAACUCCAGCCACAGCCACAAGGGGGCCCUGUUCCAGGUUCACACUAUGACUACGGUCAUGCCAGGCCGCACAUGAUGGAGCCGGCUAGCUAUGGCGUUAAGAGGACCCCUUCCUUCCAGAACAAGAUGGCACCGCCCCCCAUGGCGCCCCCAGACAACUACGUUAACAUGCAGGGGAAAGGGGCCAUGGGCCAAAAUGGACCUGGAGGCGGAGGAGGGGGAGGGUACCCCACUAACCUGUACUUGCCCCCUCAUUCACACCCCCGACAGGCCAGCCCCACCUCCCACCAAGUCCACAUGAUGUCCCGUUCUCCAGGUGGAGUGUCAGCCAUGGGCCCGGAUUUCUCAGAUCUGCCGCAGAGUUUGAUGACACCAUCCAGGGCCAGCCUCAACCUGGACCUGUAUGAGCACCACUGGGCGGGGCCUCCAGGCCCGGAAGGGGCCCCUCCAGCCAGGCAAUCCCAGCCCCAGGGCCCAUUCAGGGGGGAGGUGCGUGUCCCCAGCAGAACCAACUCCUUCAACAGUCGCUCUGCAGGACCCAACGUUGUCCGGCCUGCGAUGGCUGCGCCUCCUGCAGCUGGAAAACAGGACCCCUCCUUGGGCCCACCAAACACCAUCACGGCUGUAACAUCCCCACCUAUUCAACAGCCCGUCAAGAGCAUCCGUGUGAUGAGGCCGGAGCCCAAGACAGCUGUGGGACCUUGUCACCCAGGCUGGAUGACGGCUCAGGCCCAGGAUGCAGCAGAACCUCUGGCCUACAUGCCGGAGGAGACUUACCCACUUGAGCCUGCUCAGGAGCCACGCUGCCCGCCACCACCUUACCCCAAAAGUCUGCUCAUGUCGGGCGAACCAGGGGCCCUGGAUGGAGCCAUGUGCGGAGCUCAGGACCUCAGCAACCCUGCAGCCAGAAGCUCACGCAACGGCAGCGGAGGGAGUUGGAAGGGAGAGGAGAGCCAGCAGGUGAAAGAGAAGACGAAGAUGAGCAAGGGAGAAAAAACGGUGAAGGACAAGAAGCAGAUCCAGACGUCACCAGUUCCAUUGAGGAAGAACGGCCGCGACGAGGAGAAGAGGGAGUCGCGCAUCAAGACCUACUCACCUUUCGCGUUCAAGUUCUACAUGGAGCAGCACAUAGAGAACGUCAUGAAGACCCACCAGCAGAAACUCAACCGCAGGCUUCAGCUGGAACAAGAGAUGUCGAAGGCUGGACUUUCGGAGGCGGAGCAGGAACAGAUGAGGAAGAUGCUGAACCAGAAGGAGUCCAACUACAACAGGCUACGUCGAGCCAAAAUGGACAAGUCCAUGUUUGUCAAAAUCAAGACGCUGGGCAUCGGCGCCUUUGGUGAAGUGUGUCUGACGCGUAAAGUGGACACGUGUGCCCUUUAUGCCAUGAAAACGCUUCGCAAGAAAGACGUCCUCAACCGCAACCAGGUGGCUCAUGUGAAAGCGGAGCGUGACAUCUUAGCGGAGGCAGACAACGAGUGGGUGGUGCGUCUCUACUACUCCUUUCAGGACCGCGACAGCCUCUACUUCGUCAUGGACUACAUCCCCGGAGGAGACAUGAUGAGCCUGCUCAUCCGGAUGGGCGUCUUCCCCGAACCUCUUGCGCGCUUCUACGUGGCAGAGUUGACGCUGGCCAUCGAGAGCGUCCACAAGAUGGGCUUCAUCCACCGAGACAUCAAGCCCGACAACAUCCUCAUCGACCUGGACGGACACAUCAAGCUGACAGACUUCGGUCUGUGCACGGGCUUCCGCUGGACGCACAACUCCAAGUACUACCAGAAAGGAAGUCACAUCAGACAGGACAGCAUGGAGCCCAGUGACUUCUGGGACGACGUGUCCAACUGUCGCUGUGGUGAUCGGCUGAUGACACUGGAGCAGCGUGCCAACCGUCAGCACCAGCGCUGCCUCGCUCACUCUCUGGUGGGAACACCCAAUUACAUAGCGCCUGAGGUGCUGCUGCGCAAAGGUUACACUCAGCUGUGUGACUGGUGGAGUGUCGGAGUAAUCCUGUUUGAGAUGCUGGUGGGACAGCCGCCCUUCCUGGCUUCCACACCCACCGAGACUCAGAUUAAGGUCAUUAACUGGGAGAGCACGCUGCAGGUGCCUGCACAGGUCAAACUCAGCCCAGAGUCUGUCGACAUAAUCGCUCGUCUCUGCUGCUCCGCAGAGGAUCGGCUGGGCGCCAAUGGAGCCGGCGAAAUCAAGGCCCAUCCCUUCUUCAGCCAGACGGACUUCUCCAGCAAUCUACGGCAGCAGCCUGCCCCCUACAGGCCCAAGAUCGCCCACCCGAUGGACACGUCCAACUUUGACCCCGUGGAGGAGGAGGGCGGCCCCGGGGCAUGGAGUGACAGCGGGGACAGCACCCGAGCUUUGGACACGCUCUUCUCGCCGCAUGGGAAGCACCCAGAGCACGCCUUCUACGAAUUCACCUUCCGGAGGUUCUUUGAUGACAACGGCUGCCCCUUCAGAUACCCCAAACCGCUUGAGGCCAGCGAGAUGCCGCCGAGCAUCACCGGAGCCAGUGGCAUGGGGGAGGAGGAGGAACAAGACGAGGAGGAGGUGGAUGACGAAGAAGAAGAUGAAGAGGAGGGAGAAGAGCAGGGGGAGGGAUGUGAGCCGGUGUACGUGUAGAGCUGCAGACUGAACUCUUACUAACGUUCAUCAUUCAGCUCGUGACCCUCCCGCCCUCUUCUUCUGUUUAUGUGUCUGUGUGUGUUUAUGCAUAUCUGGCAUGUGUGAUUGUUAACUUGCAGGAGCAGGAACAUCGCCACCUUGUGGAAUCUAUAGUGCGUCCACCCUGACUUCAAAUACAAGACUCCCCUGAUCCGGGACCAAGAGACAACAUUCAGCGUGUUAUCAAGGGUGAAGCGUAUGCGGUUUGCAGAGCAAGACUCAGACUGUUCAGGUUGCACGGAGAUCCUCGGGAACGUAAGGAUGUCUGGAUCCAAUGGUUCUAGUUAGAGGACGGCUUCUGGUUCUUCCAGCAGUUUCUUCUCCCAUUCCUUCCACCCUUGGUCUUACGGACAAUCGAAACACCUCGACGGUGAUUGUCUGGCACGGGAAGUUACUCCCUGUUCUACCUGAGCUGCUUUUUACGGCAAUGUGAAGAGUGGAACUAGUUUACUUGUUGAUCAUGCACGGGGGAAGGGGGGGAUUCGGGUGGGUUGGGGACUAGCGACACACCUCUUUCACAGCUGCUGCAAAAUAAGCUACAAAACGCAUGCGUGCACGCACUCACACUUAUUCAGUUCAGCUCGUGUUCGGGUCACAAAGGAUGAAAGUGCACGGCUCUCUGCAGAUAGAUUGUCACUGUCUCAGAAGUCGUCUAAGACCAGAUGGAAAAACUAAUUCUCCUGAAUUUCACCAAUAGAGAAAAAGUUGUUUUUGGCCUGAAAGAGAAUUCAUCAUUGAAUUUUUCACAUUUUUUUAUAUUUUUGUGCCUUUCUCUUGAAUUUCUACCUUUGUGACAUUAAAUUUUAAAGGAGACAUAUGAUGCUUCUUUUCAGUGUUUCUUUGCUGUAGUGUGUUGAAUGUAAAAUUGCCGCAAAGCCCAAAGUCCACAUUAAAGGGAGCUCCUCAUAGUGUUUCAGACAAAGGCUGAAAAGAGGAGCUGCAGCAAUGAACAGUCUGUUUUCGGAUCACUACAACAUGUAAACUUUUAAGUAAUGACACUAUUUAGAAUUGUCAACCUGAGUAUGACCAGAAUAUGUCUCCUUUAAAAAGAAAAUAGAAAGAAACCAAACAAAAGAGUUUUUGGUUGUUCUGUCCUCUACAUCCACAGCUGCCUCAUUUUGUGCCAACUGUAGUUAAUGUUUUGUCCUGAAGAUGGAGCCAGAUACUCCUUCCCUCAGAGGUCGCUGUUACAAAUAUCCUUGUUAUUGUGAAAUACUUCCUGUUACUGACUCUCUGUCUGGACUCACCAUUUCAAACGUUACCUCCAGAAAAGAUCCACAAAAGACAAAAGAGCAAAAGAGAGUUUGUAGAGUUUGGUUUGGGCUCUACAGCCAGAUUUUAGUUUCUAGUCCGAUCCAAGACUGAACCACAAACCAGAAAUUUCAAUGUCAGCCUCACAUUCUCAAAUCACAGGAGGAGUCGGAUCAGAUGAAAAAUAUAUUUUUGUUUAAAUGAUCUGUUUAUUUCACGUGUUUGCACAACAAAGUUUUUUUGUUUCAAAGACUGAUUCACAAAGGCCUGAAACGUCAGUGUCUGACUGAGACGUACAAACACAUACACACACAUUGACCAAGGUGAACAAUUUUACAGCUAUUUCUGAAAGAAAGAUCAGCCCCACCAUUUUAACUUAACCAGCCUCCUCGGUCCACAACAACACAAAGCGACAAGUUCUUACAACAGCCAAACAUGUGAUAGUUUGACUAUGUGCAAUACAAAAAAAAUACAUUAUAUAUAGUUUUCUAAACACUUACUAUCUUUUUUUUUUGAGCUUUCAGUACUGAAAUGUACAAAUAUAUUGGUUUAUAUAUAUUUUCUUUUUCAGUUACAUCAUGCUGCUUAUUAAUGUGGUUAAUAUUAUUUACAUUAUUAUUAUAAUUGUUAUGACGUGUACCUGUUUUUGCCUUUUUAAAAGAAGUGUUGGCUCAGUUGCCGUGUGUGCGUGGGUUUUGAAAGUAACGAGCUAUGUGCCUUUUCUAAUUGAAUGUUGGAGUGUGUGUGUCGGGUCCGGUGACAGCAGGCGAUGACGACGAUGAUGAUCAGUGUUUGCAGAACCCUUUCUCGCUUCACCUCCUGCGGCCGGGCUGGUCCUGAACGCAGGAGAGAGGAGCGUGUAAAAGGUUUCACGGUUCAGAAAGAGACAGUAGAAGUUAGAGGAGGAGGAGGAGGAGGAGGAGGAGCGAGGCAGGUCGGCUUUAGGAAAUGUAAUUGUAAAAUAAGAAUGAAUUGCUUUCUCUAUUUUACGAACAAACGGUUAAACUUCAGUAAGGAGUUGUUGUUUGGUACAUUUUCUUUAUUUAUCCGAAAUGACCACAAAGUUUGAGUGUUGUUAAACUCUGUACUUUUACUACAGAAUGGUGCCGUGUCCUGCGUCACUCAGCAGACAACACGUCAUCCUACACCUUCAUGCUUAUUGACAAUCAGUAAACGGUGACCGCUCUUUGAACUGAGCUGUGUGCUUCAUUAAUACUCAGCCGUUCCAACAGUAUUGUGAAUUUGACUUAAUGUCGGCGUAACGCUAAAGAAGUCAGAACUUUUCCAGUGAUUCUCUGAUGCAGAACUGGUAGAAUGAUGAAAAAAUGUGUGGAUAAGAUUUGUUACAGAUGAUUUUUUUUUUAUUAUUAUUAUUAUUUUGCUUGACAAUGUAUUGAACGUUUUGCUUUUUUCUGAAAAUGUGCCUUGUGUUCUAAAGUGAGCAGCACAAUCUUUAAAAGAUUUCCUUCUCUACGAUCUUCUGUUUUUACACAGACCUCUGUUGUCACUCUUGAUGUGGGGAAACUGACAGAGCCAAUUCUGUUCCAUGUUCACACUGGCUUUGUUUACAUGCACAAACAUUACUGUUGUUAUUCUGGUCGGCAAUUUACCUCACGUAGAGCUAGAGCGGCUCAGAAGAGCUCAUAACUCUGCCAACAGUCCCCUUAGUACUCUAAGUACUCUAAAUUAUGACCUGGGUAAUUGGUCUAAACGUCCAAAAAUCUCAAAGUGUUAAAUAUUUUGUUUAAAAAAAUAUUCCUGGAUCCGUCCCUUUGCUGAGAUCUGUGCUAAAAUGUUAUGUGUUUUUUUCUUGGCCCAUGUUGUUCCAACAAGUUUUGUAGAAAUCUGUCGAGGAGUUUUUCAGCAGGGGGCGAAAUCAAAACUUCCUUGGUGGAUAAUUUGACAAGGCUAAAGCUUCUGCGACCAAAAACUGAAGAGACAUAUCUGAAAGUGCCGCUUUUUUUACACCAUUAAAAUUGUGUUUACAGUGACUGUUUAUUUCCAGUUACGAUAAAUAGUUUCAGGGUGGUUUUUAUUUAUAGUGGACUGUUCACAAUUUUAAUUUCAUUUCAUUUCAUAGACUGAGAAUGUUUCAACUAUGAAUGUGUCUGUAAACACAGCCAGUGUUUCCUGUGAGCUCCUGACCAGAGCCACAGUCUUCUGCAGGUCCAUCACUUAUGGUUUAGGUGCCUUGCUCGUUGGCACCGUCACCUUGACUGUUAAAGCAGGCAGACGUUGCUCUCUCAUUCUUCCCCAUCCAGUUGUUUCUGUGAUCCGGUCCAGACGUCCUUCCACUUCUCUCAACCUCUCGUUGACCAGGACAGACUGCUGCAUGAACAAAUAGCUUUAUAACGACUCUGUGCAGAGUGUGUGAGUGCCACAAAGUGUGUGAGGUGUUUCCUGGAUGUGUGGUGUUUUUUUUUUUAAGGUUAAAGAGUGAUGACUGACAAUCUUCAACUGACUUGAUUUCUUCACUUGUGUAUCUUUUUCAUUUUUGUAUUUUUACUCUAAGGAGCCUCUGCUCAUUUUCGUUGCUUCUUAAUGUAUGAUACAUUCUGUUACUCUUGAAUUUAUAUUUAUACAGAUAUACAUAUUUUUUGUAUCUUUCUUCCCCCUUGUGCUAAUGUUCAAACAUCCAUGUCUACACAGUAUUAUAGAUGAUGUAAUGUGGACAGCUUUCUCUUUUUUUUACAUUUAUGUAUGAACUGAGAAUUUGUAAAAAUGCUUUCACAGUCCUUGUGUGUAAAAUGUAUGUAUAAAUUAAAUUAACCAA